UGUCUCGUAUGUGUUUGUGGUUUCACACAACCUCUCUUCGUGGUCCUCUCCUCUCGGGAUUUUAACCUUUUGCAUGUUUCGCUUUUGAGUUGUCCCGAACCUCUUCUCUCAUCCGUGGUUGGUCUCACAAAAACGAAACUCUCGUAUGGCUGUUUGGAUCAAACAAGGAAACGAACAAUCCUUCUUUAUCUCUGCUCAACAACUGGAUUGUGUAAUAACCGUCGAUAUCAACUCUUCCAACGACAGGAUUAAGAACAUCAUUCCGCCGUCAUAAGUGCUCUGGCAGCAGUAUUCGGAACGGACAUACUUCCGAGAGCCAACAACCACAGCCACAUCAACCACCUCACCUCACCUCACAUCGGAUCAUCACAUCACAACCAUGUCGUCCAACAACGGGUGUGUUCGCGAGAAACUCUCCAUAUUCGAAAAAAGAGCAGGCACUCUCCUUCGGAAAGCGGUCCAAUGCUGCACCGGCUACGAAGAGUACGAUGACCUGGACGAGAAGAUCCGACCCGUCCUUCAAAUCGGCCUUCCCACCAAUUUCCGACACGAGAAGAUCAACAUCCCAGGCCUAGAAGAAUAUGGAUACCGACCAGACUCCCCGGGCUCCUACUCCGACAUGGAGAAACCGUCCCGGCUGCCCUCCAACAUGAUCCACUCCUCCACCCGAUACAGCCAAUACCCCUGGACAACGACAACAACAGAAAACGACCGGGCCCCUCCUUACCGAGAGGUAGCCCCCCUCGCGGAGACGACCGCGCUACCGGAAUUCCGGCCGCGCGGAGAGCGUCAUGGCGAAACCACCGCGCUGCCAGUCUUCCGGCCACAACAACAAUCACACCAACAGCCACAACCACAGCCGCGGAUUCCCCACUCGAUGGUGACGACGACGCCGACCCUCGCGCGCAUGCCGACCUUCAAGUGGAAUCUGGAAGAAAUGGAGCGCUGCAGUCUGCGCAGCGGGGCCGCGUACGGACACAGCGAGAAAUGGCGGGAGGAGCUGCUCACGAAGCUGAGGCUCGUGGGGACGCGGUAGGGGAACGGAAUGGGACUCUCUCCGCGUUGGACAGCAUUUUUUCUUUUUCGGGAUCAUGUUCGAGGGUUCGGUUGUUCUAGAUGAGAGGCGUUUUGUUAGGACGAAGGCAUGCGAGAUUUUUGGUUUGGCUCCUUUCUUUUUUUUGGCGCCACCCUUCCCCCCCUUCUCCGAUGCACGCUGGCGUGGCAGGAAACAACAUGGCCCGGGAAUGUAAUAUAGAUAGAGAUGAAACACACGAUGCGUGAUGGAAAU